CAUAGGCAAAAGCCUUAGGAAUCUCCAGACAAAUAAUGGAUGGGAUUACAACAAGAUGAAGGAGAAUAUUCCAAAUAAAAUCCGUAGAAGAACAACAACUAAAAUAGACUAAAAUCUUUGAGGCAAUUGCAUCUUAGGAAGCUACCCAGCCUAAUAUUUUUCUGUCCAAGCUCUUGCUAUUUUGGUGGUGAUAAAUAAUCUUUCAAGGGUGCAAAAAAAUAGUCAACUUUUGUUUUGGAACAUAUCUUGGGUAUUAUAUGUAGAGAAAGGAACAACCUCAAGACAUUAAUGAGUUCAUACAACACAAACAUUAAUCACUAUUCCAAGGUCUGAGAUGAAAGAGCUAUAUGGCGGUUUUGGCAAAUCUUUAGGAUGUUUUAGCUUGAUAUGGAUUUGAAAAGAAAGAUGUCAUUUAAGAGAUUGAAAGAAGGUGCAACUGAAAAAACUUUAUCUCCUAAAGAGGAGCAGGCCAAGAUUGGAGAAGUCAGAAAGAUAAUUGGUCCAAUUCUGGAUAAGUUCCCAGCUCUCUGUUCUGAUGCAUCAGUGUUAAGAUUCCUUAGAGCAAGAAACUAUAAUGCUAAGAAAGCUGCGAAGAUGUUGAAAGGCACCAUGAAAUGGAGGCUGGAGUUCAAGCCUGAGAAGAUUAAAUGGGAUGAUGUAGCUAAAGAAGCUAUGAUGGGAAGGCUAUAUAGAGCUGAUUACUUGGACAAGCAAGGAAGGAUUGUUCUUGUUAUGAGACCUGGUGUUCAGAGUACAAACUCGGCAAUUGGGCAGAUCAAGUACCUAGUUUACUGUUUGGAGAAUGCCAUAUUGAAUCUAAGUUCCAAACAAGAACAGAUGGUUUGGCUUAUUGAUUUUCAAGGGUGGAGCACAUCUUCAAUAUCAUUAAAGGUCACUAAGGAUACUGCUCAAGUCCUGCAGGGUCAUUACCCUGAGAGGUUGGGCCUUGCAAUCUUUUACAAUCCACCAAAAGUGUUUGAGUCAUUUUGGACGAUGGUGAAACCAUUUCUUGAACCCAAGACUUACAAAAAGGUGAUAUUUGCUUACCCUGACAACCCAAGGAGCCGCAUGAUGAUGGAAGAACUCUUUGACAUGGACAAGCUGGAAUACUAUUUUGGUGGGAAAAAUACAAAUGGAAUGAACUAUGAAGCUUAUGCUCAAAAAAUGAGAGAUGAUGAUAGAAAGAUGUCUGAUUUUAUUGAUUCUGGUUGUUCAACACCCAGUUUAAUAUUCCCAGAAGUUGAUGAAUCACAGCAAUCAGAAGACAAUGAUUCUGAGGAUGAAUUAUCUUGUGAUGAACCAGUUUGUUCAAACUUGGAGGAAGAUAAUGAGAUUAUACAAGAGAAGAUACCUUGCUCCCAAGAUGAACCCAAGAAUGAAGUUCAUGAACCCAAAAAUGUGUAAAGAGGUGAAUCAGAAGAGCACUGGGCACUGGCAGGGUUAAUUAUAUAUUACUCAUACAAAUUUUACACAAACCCUGAACUAUAACCAAUAUGUACUAUUGGUUUGAAUGUGACAUCUUCCCCCUUACUCUCAACCAAUGUGCCCCAUAUAUAUAUAUAUAUAUAUAUAUAUAUAUAUAUAUAUAUAAUCCACUGUCCACAGAAGCAGAAUUCAAUAUAUGGGUCCAUGCAACUUUUCACUGAAAAGUGAGAGGAAGUUUAAGUUGGCUCUUCUGGCAUUAGAAUUUUAACCAGCACUAAGGAAAUAGAAAGUUCAGAUUUCUUUCAUGUUACUUUGUUCCUCUCUCUCUCUCUCUCUCUCUCUGUGUGUAAGUGUGUGUGUGCUGGUGUGGGGUUUUGGUAGGGUGUUUUUGUGGGAAAUAUUUUUAAUAUAACCGUAGUAUGUACAAUCGGCCAUAGGAGUAUGUCAUAUAAGCUGAAAUAGUUGAGAGAAAUUUUUAUUUUUUUUAAUAUUUUGACUAUGUAUUACCGAUAAUAUAUAUUAUA